AUGAGCCAAGGUUAUCAUAAGCUGACAUACAUUUGAAAUGCAAUGAGUCAAGUUUUACAAUCUAGUUUUGGCCGUGAUCGCGCGAGCCCUAUGCCUGUCCAACGCCGCGGAUUGCCGCCGCCGGGGCUGCUGGUGUGGAUUGACGCCCUGGCGAUAGAUUCUACACUGCUGCUGUUGCUGUUGGACGCGAGCUGAGAUCGCAAUGCGGAUGAAUUGGUCACCAGCAGCCCUAGACGAAGAACCCUAAAAAUGCAGUGGUGAGCCAUGGCGCUAUCUGGAUUGGCUUCGCCGCUGCCGAGAUUCCACCGGAGCAGGAGCCCAUACAUCGAGCUCCAGAGCUCUCGUCAGUUCUUCCAUCACUUCCUGGACGUGAGGUCUACGAGGGCGAGACUUCCUCGAUUGGGACACCAACAGCACAGGCUCCAGGUUCUCGCUGCUGUGGAUCCUGAGCUCCAUACUGUUCUUGAGUUAGCUAGCGAUGUGGAGCUUUCUGAGCUCUCGAGCAUUCUCUAUGGCAAGAGCUUCUUUAGUCCUGUCUUUAAGUCCGUAGCACAGGGCGAUGGCUCUAGUCCUCGGCAUUCCGAGGACGGGGAAGAAAAACGAGAUGAUUUACUGGAACGGUUGGAAUCGAGGCUUUUGUUUCUAGCCGCGGAUGCCAAAUCUACUGUGACUGGUCGGAGGCCCAGAUACAGGGACGUUCUUUUACAAGUUCGACAGAAACUCAAAAUCCCGUGCUCCCUAAAACUUCCUACGGAGGACUUAGAAGCCGAGAUAUUUCUUUUCCUCCUCCAACAAUCUUCAAGUCCAUCGGAGCCUCUGAGGAUUGAUGAUGAUCCGAGUGACGCUGAAACUUCCCAGUCUGGGUCAUGGCGCAAAAAUCUCGCGGCAGCUCUCAAACUUGGGGGCCGUGAGCUCGUGUCCGCCGUGUUUAAAGGUGGAAGCGCUCUCACAAUGUCCACGCUCCAAAGAUUGGUGGCGAAGGAGCUUUCUGGAAAAAUGCUGAUGGAAGCUGCUCGUUACCAACUUGCUAGAGAGGCUCUAAAAAAGGGUGGUCAGCUGGUUGCUACAAAACUCGAGUCUCGCGUGACAAUGCUUGCAGCAAGACAGUUACUUGCUGGGGCCGCUGCGAGAUACAUCACCAUUCGGAGCACUAUGAUGCUGCUUGGGCCCAUUUUAUGGGGAACGUUUAUAGCUGAUGUUGUAGUGACCGCUCUGGGACCGGAUUACCUUCGUGUGGUCCGGGCAAUCUAUGCACUAGCGCAGAUACGUCUGACGAGAACUUAUGGAUGGAAGCGAGGAUCUCUUCUAUGUCAAGGUACUCUAAAAGUUUUCUAAAAGUACUUAAGCUGCUAUCGAUUUCCCAGGUGAUUAAAGAUGGAGGAACCUCUCUGAGUUGCCGGUGUACAGAGAUAGUUGGAAGCUUGUAUAACUUGAAUGCGUUUUUUUAUUCCUUGUUCUUGUUACUAAAGUAGAGACGUUGUGAAGUUCUCGUGGUGAUUUUUUCUAUAUGGUACUCUUGGAGUGAGUCUAAUAAGCUAAAUUCUAUUAAUGUA